CCCAUUGUGCAGCUCUAGUGCGACGUAAAUUAACUACAACAACAACAACAAAAUUAAUAUUAAAAAAAUUUGAAACUGAAAAUGGCAACUACAAUUAAAUUAUAAAAAUUAAAUUUUAUUUAAUUGUAAUAUUCUCAGGUUUUUAUGAGCUAUUAAUACUUCUAGUACUUUAUUUAGUAUUAAUACAGUCAUUAUAUUGCAAAUAAAGCUAUAAAUAAAAAAGUUCUACUUUAUGGUAAUAGGUAUUGACAUAUUGGAUUCUUCCUAAAAGCGCCAUUUUCUUACCAGCAGUUGGAGUGUGUGGUCAGUGAUUUUUAGCUCUCGAGAAUUAUCUCUUAAUUUCAUAUUUAAAAUGAGUACAGACAAGAAUAACGAAGUUUCCGUACAGCGUAAAGAAGAUGCUUUAGCUGAUAAAGACAAGAUUUCCAGUGAUACUAAAUCUGAAUUAAAUGCAAAAAGGUCGGCGUCUGAGCUUAGUGGCGAAGAAGGAAAGCAAAAAAUACAAAAGACGGAGCACAAGAGUGAGUACCAAGUUUUGCUAUAUUGCUGCUUCUUGAUGUUAAAUGAUAAAGAAAAUGGAGAAUCUGAAGAAAAGUAUGAUGAGGAUGGUGAAGAUGACGAUGAUGUAGUUCCUGAUGAUUAUGAUGAAGGCGAAGAUGGGGAAGGAGAGGGAGAAGAUGAUGGUGCUGAUGAAGAUGAAGAAGACGAAGAGGAUGCUUAAAUUCUUAGACCAUUUCUUUUGGGGGGAUGAUUAGCGAACAAAUAAUAUUGUCAUUUCUUAAUAUCAGACAAACUUUAAAUUUUUAAAAUCACACCCAUUUUUUUUAAUGUGAAAAUUUACUGUUACAUACUUAGUAUUGUAAAUCUUUAGGUACUGUAUCCCUGACCAGUAUAAGUGAUUGUAGCCCUUUUUAUUAAAUACAGAUAGUUCUGGUAUCUAAAUGUUACUGUUAGUUGUUGAUGUAAAAAAAUUGCACAAUAUUCUUUGCAGUUAACAUCUCCCGUGUCAUCUCAUCUGUCAUGUUUGUGUCUUCAUUCACCUGUCAUUUUUUAGAUUGUGUUGAGCAUCGCAGCAGAAUGAAAUACGCAUGGUUUUGUUAUAUUUGUCAUUACAUUUUGCAGUAUCUAUCUUUAAACUGGCAUUGUUAUUUCAUCAUUUAUGUAUAUGACGCAAAGUUAUUCAAAGCAUUUAAAUAUUUUGUGAUUUUUCAACCAUGGAAUAUCCCCAAAACUUACUUCAUUUAACUUAAAAAUAGAUCUGGAUAUAUUUCUUUUGUCAUUUUUUUAUCACUUGCACAUACCAUUUUUUUUCACUUUCCAGUAUUGUGAUUGUGUAUAUACGGAAUUAAAAAAAUUUCCAUUAUUAGCUUUUUUUCAAAAAAAUAUACCUGCUGUGUUGUAUUCUAUAUCAUUUAAAGCCAAUGUGUAUUUUGUUCUUGAGUUGUGAAUAAAAAGCUCUUUGAUUAUA